AUGCUGCGAAGACCACUAACUUCCAUCGAGAUAAAAGCUGACGAUAUCGAUCAUAUGGAAAAGGUCUUACUAGAGUUAUAUCAUAAGAAGGGUCUUCCCAAAAGUGGUGCGGAAACUGAUCCCUGCAACAGUACACCUGUAUCUACCGCUAAUUCUGAACCUAAGAGAGCUGCAUCUCCCACUGAAACGUUGUCCUCAAUGGACACCUCAGGAAAUCAGACUCUUCCAACGUUAAUAUCACCUAGCAAUGGAUUUGCUGGUGAAGGACCAACUUAA